GAAGUUGACGGACGGUUGCAAGCUUUUAUGAGAGGCGAGCUCGGACACAAAAUUAAACUUGAGAAUUUGAGAGUUUCCAGUGGUUUAAUUCCCCCUUCCCUACUUUAUGGCUUCCAGUUCCAACAUGGACAUAGAGGGCGCGACCCAGCACCUUCGGGACAUCUUAAAACUGGAUCGUCCCUGUAAUUCGGCCGAUCCCUCUUUGGUAGAGAGCCAGAGAAAACCAUCUUUCAAUGGAGAGUUGAAUGGUGUUCUGGGAGCGGAUCUUAUGGGAGCAGGACGACUUGCGGCAAUGGUGGAGCCAACUAACGUUACUCACAACUCAGACAAACUUAAUGGACAGGACACGCAGACUAUCUGUCUUUCAGGAGACGAUGGGUCCACCUGUGUCCCCAUCAGAGCAAACAAUGUGGAAAUUGUGUCCAGUCGUGACUCUAGUAUUGACAGUAAGGCUCGUGGCAGCAACAAGGUUAAAAUUCAGCCAGUGGCCAAAUAUGACUGGGAGCACAAAUACUACUAUGGCAAUUUAAUAGCCGUGUCUAACUCAUACUUGGCUUAUGCCAUCAGAGGUGCAAACAAUCAUUCUAUGAUCCGAGUGCUGCGGCUGGGAUCAACGGAGCGUUCGCUGCUGAAGGGCUUCACAGGUGCAGUCACAGACCUUGCUUUCGCCCACUUGGACUCCACCCUGUUGGGCUGCGUGGAUGAGGCUGGAAACAUGUUCAUUUGGCAACUCACUAGCCACAGCAGCAAAAUACAAGAUGAAGUGUUAGUUCACAUCCGAAGGCCUGAGGACACUCCACUAAAUUCCAACCGCAGACUCAUCUGGUGUCCCUUCAUCCCGGAGGACAAUGAUGAGAACCCAGAGGAUGCGUGUCAGACACUGGCACUCCUUCAUGAAGACAGAGCUGAGGUUUGGGAUCUCGACAUCCUCCGAUCCAAUAACAGUUCAUGGCCUGUGGAUGCCACUGACCUGAAAGAGGGUUUCAUCACCAUUAGAGGACACACAGCACGCAUUAGUGAGGGAGCGCUGUCCCCUGAUGGCACUGUCUUGGCCACAGCCAGUCAUGAUGGAUAUGUAAAGUUUUGGCAAAUCUACAUUGAAGGACAGGAUCAGCCCAGAUGCCUGCAUGAAUGGCAGCCACAUAAUGGACGUCCUCUUUCCUGCCUGCUCUUUUGUGACAACCACAAGAAGCAAGACCCAGAAGUUCCUUUCUGGCGCUUCCUGAUCACUGGAGCUGAUCAGAACCAGGAACUGAAGAUGUGGUGCACAGUGUCAUGGACGUGCUUACAAACCAUCAGGUUUUCUCCAGAUCUAUUCAACAGCAGUGUGCUACCCAGCCUGAAGGCCAGUUUGGACCUGUCUGCAGAAUUUCUCAUUCUCUUGACUAUCCAUCUGAAGAAAUCAGAUCAGAUUUCAGGUUUUUCUCCCCCACUGAUGCUCUCUCCAUCCCUCCUGCGAGAGGCCUCUCUGCUCUGCGAAGCUUCUCCUUAUUCACACAGACUUCCCCUUCCUUAUUUCCUAUCUCCUCCUCCACAGGUUUCCCCUCCAAACCUUCCUCUCUCCCUGGAUCUCCAGGCCAUAGAACCCAUGGUUGUCCCCCAGGCCUCUCCGACCAGAGUUCGCUCUCCAGAUGUCAUCUCCUCUGCUUCUACGGCAAUGUCCCAGGACAUCCCUGAGAUCGCCUCAGAGACCCUGCAGAGGGGGCUGGCCAGUGCAUCUGCUGACUCAGUCCCUGUCCUGCAUUCUGACAGCAUGGCAUCAGCCGCAUCAGUCCUCCACCUGCUGUCUCCUAGAGCCCGGAGCAGUGCUGAGCACAGUUUGCUGCCUCUCGAAUUGGGUGCAGCAUCUGUGGAUGGAGAACAGAGACUCAAUAACACACCCUCCCUGCUGGAGACGGCUCUGUCACAGGAGAACGCAGUAGCGGCUGGAGGAUCCUGUUCUGACAGCAGCGUGAACCACACCUGGCCCGCAGCACCUGAUAUCACACGAGAAACUCGCAACAGCCACAGAGACAAUGGUUUGGGAGACUGCUCUAGGGAGGAAAUAAAGGACAGACACAUUUCUUCUCCCUACCACAGGCGCACUUAUCACCUGACUCAGAAUGACAGUCAAGAUGCAAGUGCAGAGCAGAGUCUGAUCUUUGCUGACAUCACUGAUGUGAGCCGUCUGCUGAAGAAAACGGUCACGGAAAGAAGAAUGGAGCGAAUUCUGGCUGAAGGACAAAGCCGGAACCAACAGCUCCAGGACCAGCUGGUUCAGCAGCUUGUCCAGACACUGAACAACAGUCUCUGCAAUCGGCUAGACAAAAUUUUGCGUGAAGAAAUGAAGAAGACCGUCCCACAGUCCAUAUCGAAGAGUCUAGAACCUGUGACCAGCCAGAUGAGCUGCACCAUUGCUGCCAAGUUAACCGCAGUGGAAGUAACACUGAAGGAAAAUGUCACCAAAGUUGUUAAAUCCAAGAACACUACGGAUGCUAUCGGUCGUGCUGCUGCUGAGGCCAUGCAGGGCCCCAUCCAGUCAGCCUACAAAGAGACCUUCCAGAGCAUCGUGCUGCCCGUGUUUGAGAGAGGCUGCCAGUCCAUGUUUCAGCAAAUCAAUGACAGCUUCAAACAGGGAACCCACGAGUACAUCCAACAGCUGGAGACACACAUUAAGAACAGGAAACAGCGGGACCAGGAUGCACAGGAUCCUGUGAUUGGCCAGCUGCAACAGAUGAUUGACACGCUCCAGAAUUCUCAAGACCAGCUGGCCACCACUGUGACGGCCAGCGUGUGCUCUGACGUUCAGCAUCAGCUCCACAUGAUCGUGGGAAAUCUGCAGGACUCAAUCCUGACGCAGGUACAGCGCAUAGUGAAGGGAGAGGUGAGUCUGGCCAUGAAGGAGCAGCAGGCAGCUGUCACCUCCAGCAUCAUGCAGGCCAUGCGCUCAGCCGCAGGAACACCUGUACCCUCUGCACAUCUGGACUACCAGGCCCAGCAGGCCAGCAUACUGCAGUUACUACAGCAGGGCCAGCUCAAUGAGGCCUUCCAGCUGGCUUUAUCCGCAGCAGACUUGAAUCUGGUGCUGUACGUGUGCGAGACCAUUGACUCCCAGCAAGUGUUUGGCCAGCAGCCCUGUCCACUGCAUCAGGCCGUCCUUCUGUCUCUCAUCCAGCAGCUCUCCACCAACCUGAGCACACGCACAGAACUCAAGAUCAGCUAUCUUGAAGAUGCUGUAAUGAACCUGGACCAUGGAGAUCCAGUCACCAGAGACCACAUGUCUGCAGUGCUGUCCCAGGUACGACAGAAGCUCUUACACUUCCUGCAGCAGGACGCCCACAGCCCUCUGAGCAAGCGCGCACGGCGCCUCAUGAUGAUGCUGCAGGGCCUGGUCAAUCACUAGAGCCCCUCUGGAUGGUGCAGCUGACAUCUUCACAACCCCUUAGUCAUCGUUCUGCAGUCUCCUAGACGACCGUCAUGACCUCAUAUCACCCUGCUGUUCAUUUGCCUUAUCUGUGCUCUGCAGCUUAUUGGCUCUCUCAGAAGCACUUGGGAGUUGUAGUCCCGGCUUGGACUUGGGAUAUAUUGGCGGUUUUGGACUACAUCUCCCCCAAACUUUCCGUCCCUCGUUCCUUUCAGACUAUUGUUGAUAUCAUUUGAUACUGCAUGUGAAAAAUCCUUAGUUUGUAUGCAACACCAUCAUGAAUGCAGAACGGGCCAUGGGCUACUUCAGUUAUUUUCAUUAUGCAUUCAAUACCAGGAGACCACUUUUUUUUUUUCUUUUUUUUUUUGCUUCUUUCAUUCUUGAUGCAUCAGGAACAAGACUGUGGAGAGCGUGAGAGAAUGUAAACUAUAACGUGAACACUCCAAAUUUCGCAUGGUUUCCUGGCUGAUCUUUUUUCUCCUUUUAUUUCUUGCGGUGAAACGCCUUUGAACGCUGGAGACAUGGAGACAUUAUCAUCACCGCAUGAAUAUUAGCCCUGUUGGUUUUUGAUAAAGGUUGUAUUUAGGCCACUUAUCCUUAUCUGACUCCACUGAUCUGCUGAAAAUAAUUUGGCCAAGUUGCUGCUUUUUCAUGUCAAGUUGGAGCAUCAUACAUGUUCCUGGAGUUUUUGUUAAUGCUGUCAGGAUUUGAAAAGUUCUAACAGAUUAACUUCUGGGCAAUAGCAAAAAAUUUAGCCACACAGUUGAUACCAUGUUUUUUUCAAUCAACAGAGCCCUGUAAAAUAUGUAAGAGGGCUUAUUACAUUACCAAGGAAAGCUAACAACAUAGUUAUUUAGAAUUUCUUCAAAAGGAACCUUGAGUCUGUAACUUGCAGUACGUCUGUGAGUCUCCAGAGGGCAGACAUUUAUGUAUAUUCUUUCUAAUUUUAUAUGCUGCUUCUGUGAUUUAUUUUCAGUUCUUCUGCAGAAUUGCACUACAGCGAAUGCAACAAGGCUCUUAAAAAAAAUAAAACCUUUUUUUGUUUUUUCUGUGAAAUUGUUUCUUUCUGUAUCACAUCACCCAAAUAUUUGAAAGUGGAGGAGAAAUGCCCAUUUUCUGCUCUGUUCGAGUUAGUUGAUUGUAUUUGAUUUAGACUGAGAUUGCCAACACUUGUUAUUCAUUAGGAGGGUAUUUUGGCCCUAUGAUAAAGGAAGAACAAAAAGAAAGUGCCUUAUCAGACUGUUGCGUAUCAGAUAUUGGUAAUCGGGUCCUCUGACCCAACAUUGGGCGCCACAUUGGUGUGUGUGUGUGUGUGUGUGUGUGUGUGGCCUAUAUCCAAGCAAAUUUUCUUUUUCAGUAAAACACGGAAUUGGAGUUAGGAAUGGACAAGUUUGUUACUGAAACAUUUUCUUACAAGUGCUGUAAACUGUGAUCUGAGUUUAUUUUUUCAGCCAUUUAUUCCUCAAGUUUCAUGCUAAUGUGACGAGAAAGUGCCGGCCCUGCUGAUUGUGUUUGUGUUAACACAUUAUUUGUUCCCGUCGUCUUUAUUUUUAGAGCUGUGCAUAUUAUAUCCAUAGCCAUUUGCAGCAGUCAGUGUGGCUCAUUAGGAUAUUUUUACAGGGUGUAGGCAAUAUGUCCUCUCUUGCUUUUUUCUCAUAUGUAU